UUGUCAGAGACCAGAGGAGUUGUGGGGUACUGCACUUGUCCAGACUGACGUACUUUCAUAUGGGUGUUCCCACUUCUCUGGGUCUUUCACUGUACUCAUCUUUUCGUUGGUCCGCGUUCACUUUGUCACCGGGCUCGACUGGCAGAGCAGAGAUCGUCGUGUUUCCAAGGCUGGAGACCAGGUUGGAGUACCUGCAUACAGGGGAUGCAUAAAAUUGCUGAAAGUUGAAGGACAAACAAUUCAACAUCCAUGGAGAACAAUUUCAGUUUUGAGGAGGGCAGUGACAUGUCAUAUGAAGACAACAACCCAACCUUCCCUUCACCAGUGAGAUUGACCUCACAAGAGUGGCAGAAUGGCUCCUUUGAUAUUGAAAGGAGGGGAGAGGAGGAGAAGGAGGAAGAGAAUGAGCUUCCCCUAGAAGUUGUCAUACCCAGCGGUUCAGAGGCUUUUCUGAACAUGAACACCAAUGCCACCACAAGAGGGGACGCUCAAGCCUAUGUGGAGCUGAAUGAGCUCCAGGGAAACACCUGGCAGGAGACUUGCCGGUGGGUCGGCUAUGAGGAGACCCGUGACCCUGUGACAGAGAGGUGGGGUGCAUGUCACGUCUCCUAUCUCAGUUUUAAAAGCCUGCUCCAAGUCCGCAGGAUCAUGAGUACAGGCGCUGUCAUCUUUGACCUGAGUGCUGGCAGUCUGUCCUCUGUGGCUGAAAAAAUAGCUGAUGAGUUGCAGAACAAGGGUGAAAUCCGGGCCAGUGAUCGCGAGGGCCUGCUUAGAGCUCUUCUGAUGAGACGCAGUCAGACUGAGGGUCCUGUGAUUACUCCAACUGGAGACAUUCAGAUGCAGACUUUCUCUGUAGUGAAGAAGAGAGAUAGCUCUGACAACAUGGAGGCAUCAGUUGUCCUCACUGGUGUCGUUGAAACCCUGCAGAAACCAGUUAUUGGCUUUGUCAGGCUGGCUGACUCUGUCGUGAUGGAGUCGGUCCUGGAGUCUGCACUCCCCGUUCGCUUUGUCUUUGUGCUGGUGGGCCCCAGUCAGAGUGGAAUAGACUACAGCGAAAGUGGUCGUGCCAUGGGUGCUCUGAUGGCCGACUGGGUUUUCUGUCUGGAAGCAUUUCUGGCCAAGACUGAAAAAGAUCUGACCAAUGCCAUCGCUGACUUCAUGGACUGCACCAUCGUGAUUCCUCCCACUGAGAUCCAGGAUAAGGUGAUGCUUGAGCCAAUCAUUGGAUUCCAGCAAAAGUUGCUGCGGGACAGACUCCGUCCCAUUGACACCCGACUUGCCUUUGGAGAAAGGCUUAAAGCUCUUCAAGGUCCAGAGGAGCCAAGAGAAGACCCGCUGGCCCGUACAGGCUAUCCAUUUGGUGGAAUGUUUAAGGACCUUAAGCGCAGAUACCGUCACUACAUCAGCGACUACACCGAUGCUCUGAACCCCCAGGUCCUCGCAGCCAUUAUCUUCAUCUACUUCGCUGCCCUGUCCCCGGCUAUUACGUUUGGCGGGCUUCUAGCUGACAAAACGGAUAAAAUGAUGGGUGUGUCAGAGCUUAUGGUCUCCACCAGCAUCCAAGGUGUCAUCUUCUGUCUCAUCGCCGCCCAGCCUGUCCUCGUCAUUGGUUUCUCCGGACCUCUGCUCUUGUUCGAAGAAGCUUUUUAUCUUUUCUGCGAAUCGAAGAACAUUGAGUACAUUGUGGGCCGUAUCUGGGUUGGAAUGUGGCUGAUAGUGAUUGUGAUCAUCAUCGUGGCAAUGGAAGGUAGCUUCCUUGUCCGAUAUAUUUCCCGCUUCACCCAAGAAAUCUUCUCAAUCCUCAUCUCGCUCAUCUUCAUCUAUGAGACCUUCGCAAAACUCAUCAAGAUCUUCCAAACACACCCUCUGGUCCUGAACUACGAGAAAUUGAAUGACACUCUGGAAAACCCAUUCCACACAGUCCUCAAGACACACACUGUACAUCAUGCAGAUGGCAAUACAUCUAUUAUUGAGAAGGAACAUGAAAGGGCAUUCCCCAACACCGCCCUUCUGUCUAUGUGCCUUAUGUUUGGCUGUUUCUUCAUUGCAUACUUCCUUCGUCAGUUCAAGGGUGGACACUAUCUCCCCGGCCCUAUCCGUCGUUUGAUUGGAGAUUUUGGAGUCCCCAUCGCUAUUUUUAUCAUGAUCUUUAUUGAUAUCAGCAUUGAAGAUGCCUACACCCAGAAACUGAUUGUGCCAAAAGGUAUCCAAGUCACCAAACCAGAGGCCAGAGGCUGGUUCAUCAACCCCAUGGGGGAAAACAGUGAUUUCCCUGUCUGGAUGAUGGGUGCCUGUUGUGUUCCUGCACUGCUUGUUUUCAUCUUGAUUUUCAUGGAGUCCCAGAUUACCACGCUGAUUGUGAGCAAACCUGAGAGGAAAAUGAUGAAAGGAUCUGGUUUCCACUUUGAUCUGCUUCUCUUGGUCACCAUGGGGGGUAUAGCCUCUAUCUUUGGGGUCCCCUGGCUGAGUGCUGCCACAGUACGGUCUGUUACCCAUGCCAACGCUCUCACAGUCAUGUCCAAGGGCCCCAAACCAGAGAUAGAGAAGGUGAUUGAACAGAGGAUCAGUGGCAUAUUCGUGGCCAUCCUGGUUGGUGCGUCAAUUUUCAUGGAGCCUAUUCUGAAGAUGAUUCCUAUGACAGCCUUAUUUGGUAUCUUCCUCUACAUGGGUAUCACGUCUCUGAGUGGAGUCCAGAUGUGGGACAGGAUGCUUCUGCUUAUCACUCCCAAGAAAUACCAUCCUUCUGAUGCCUACGCCACCAGGGUGAAAACGUAUAGGAUGCAUCUCUUCACGCUGAUCCAGGUCCUGUGCCUGGGUGUCCUGUGGGCGAUAAAGAUGAGCCCCGUGUCUCUGGCUCUGCCUUUCGUUCUCAUUCUUACCAUCCCUCUCCGCAUGUUCAUGACCGGCCGGCUCUUCACUAACCUGGAGAUGAAAUGCUUGGAUGCAGAUGAUGCCAAAGUGAAAUUUGACGAUGAGGAAGACGGACUGGCAUAAACAUAAACUUGAAAGCAAAGUCCCUCCUUAUUUCACUUCAAACUGUUCUGCUAUUAUUUUUCCGUAAGACUUGUCAGUCCUAGUAUUCACAUAAUAUUCCUGCAAAUUUGUGUUUAUGAACCCAACUAACAACCAGGGUAAGAUUGUAAUCCUUCGCAUUUUCAACAUGAUUUUAAACCUUCACUGAUGUCUGUUUAUCUACUUAGAAAAAAGGAGAAUUUGAUUUAAGAAUAUAAUUUUAACAUCAAAGUUAUUGCCACGUAAGAUGUGAAAACAUUACAUUUAUCUAUUUAUUAUGUUUUUCUGUCUUUUAAUACUCAACUAUAGUACGAUUUACAUGACCACAGUAUUGUCACAUUUUAGAUCUGCCCAUGUUGUAACCUGGAUUAUCUUAAAUCAAGCUAAUUUGAUCCAGCUCCAUAAAUUGACACAAAUCAUAAUUUUUGUGGUUCUUCGUAUGUGUUUUUCCAACAUACCCCCUAUAAUUCUUAAAUGUCUUUGAAUUUGUGUUUUUCAAGUUUGAUUUCUUUUAUAUGUAUUGCUUAUGAAAUAGUUUUAUCUUUUUCCUGUUUAGAAUGUGUAUAAAAAUGUCUUAUUCAAUUAUAUUUGAUUUUCAUGAGUGUAAUUGCUUUUUUGAUUAUAAAGUGCGGCCUUCCCUAGUAGUAAACGACAAGAUAGAAUUGAGUCAAUUGUUUCACUGAUGACAUCAGGGAGAUAUUUCUUUGUAAAUGCCUUCUUAUGCAAUUUAUGUUGCUUAUCACAAACGUGCGCUUCAAACACUGUACGUGCUUUUGAUUUCACUUUAACAAAAAUACAAAAUAAAAUACUUUUAAAUUGUU